AUGUCGGGCAACGUGCUGCACCGCCUGCAACAGCAGGUCAUCAGGCUCAAGCCUGUCAUCACAAGUAUCCACUGCAACUACAAGCUCAAAGGCCCGGGUCAAGCGGGCGCCCGCCACUUUGCUCGGGAACAUCUCCCUGCUAUCCGCUUUCACAACCCCCAGAUUGCCACCCUGAAAAAGGGUGACGAUGCCCUUGCCGCCCAGUUGAUUGUCAAUGAGACUGAGAUCAUUGACGUGACCGGCAUGCAUUCCAACGACAUCCUGCAAACGCUGCUCGAGCGCUAUGGCGAGACGACAGAUGCCAACUAGCUGGAUCUUUCCGCCACCGCCCCUACCUUGUUCUCUCUCCGUGCUCUUUGCCCUCUUUUUUUUAUCGCGAGGGACAGAGCAUGCAACGCGCCUGUCUGGCAGAGCCCCACCUUGUCCUGUCGGCCACUCUUCGAUCAGCUUGUAUCUCUGUCGCCGCCGAUAUCAGCUCGCGUGCAACGUGGGCUCAGCUGCUUUCCCUUGAACAGCUCUGUUUUAGCUUGUUUCGUUGUUCUUUUGUUUUUCAAACCGAUGCAUUGUGACUGAGGGGCGCACCCGUGCAUUUUGGACAUGGUGACUGACCAUGCCGUGGCCUUUUGAGCUUGCUCGAGGCUGACGGUUUCAUGACCCUCGCGCUCUGGUGUUUCAGGCAAGUGCUUGUUCGGUGUUCAUCCCUAAUGUCACCCUCUUGCUCCUUACCUUGGGUCCAUAGUCGUGGCAUAAAUUCAUCAAAGUUUCG